AAGGUUGAUUUGGAGCAGACCUGAUGAUUGACAGAAAACGUAUUAUGAUCGAUGGUCAUCUGUUAUCUAUCAUCGAUAUCUUUUAUGAUAGUGGUUAAGUGAUUUUUCAAGUUGACGCCUUAUAUCUUAUAAGAAAUUCCAAAUAAAUUAUUUCAAAAAGAAUCUGAGUCAUCUGUGGAGCCAUUUGGAAUCUCAUUAAUAUUCCAAAAAAAUGUCUGGAGACGCUGUUACCACUCCUGAUGAACUAGAUCAUGAACCUGAAAGUAACUACAAACCCCCCCCUGAGAAAACUAUCGAUGAAAUAUUGAAAACUGAUGAGGAAGAUGAGAGUCUCCGAAAAUAUAAAGAGGCAUUGUUAGGAAAUGCGCAAACUGGUACUAUUAUUGUUGAACCUGAUAAUCUAAAAAAGGUUAUAGUGAAAAAGUUAGUUCUGGUUGUUGCUGACAGACCUGAACUUUCAUUGGACCUUACUGGAGAUCUGAGCAAAUUGAAAAAAGAAACUUUUACCAUUAAAGAAGGUGUAUCUUAUAGAAUUCGUAUAGAAUUUAUCGUGCAGAGAGAAAUCGUUCAUGGUUUGAAGUAUGUACAGAAGACCAGCAAACUUGGAAUUCCUGUCGAUAAAAUGACCCACAUGGUUGGUUCCUAUGCUCCCAAAACUGAAAUGCAAUCUUAUACCACUCCCCCCGAAGAAGCCCCAUCUGGUUUGAUGACAAGGGGUGGUUACACAGUACAUUCGUUAUUCACAGACGAUGACAAAAAUGAACAUCUUAAAUGGGAAUGGACAUUUGAAAUAAAGAAGGAUUGGAAGGACUAACUCGUUCGUAAAAUCAAAAUUUAUUUAUAUGAUGUAAAGACUACAUCAAAAGUAUUACAAGUUUAGUCAGCGCCCAAGUGUCAAAUUUUUAUACUCUGAACCUUUAUAUACAACCUUUUCGAAUAUUUACCUGAAAGAAUUCAAUAUGCCUUAACUUAUAUUACGUAUAAUCUGCAUUUUAAUGUACCGAAAAACUCGCUCCUUUGUGCAUGUUAAGCACCAGUGGUAUGUGUACGCUUUAUUUUUGUAUAUGUUUUGGUAAAUUUUAAAAUAGGAGUAUUAGCACCCCCGAUUUUAUACAGUGCAUUUUCAAAUGAAGAUUCGAUUUAGACAUAGAAGUAUUAUUUUCUUCCUAGUUUCGUUUCAUUACAUGCGAAUUUUUAGUUGGGAAAAAGGUUCUUUUUCUGUUUGUACUAAAUGAGCAAUUGCUACAUAAGCAAUAAGAGUAAUUUUAGGAAUACGGCUUUAGAUCACUUAAGUGCAAACAAAUGUUCAAAACCUUUCAAGAAAAAUUUUUAUCAAUGAAUUGAAUAAUUAUUUAUAGUUGAAUGCUUAAGAAUCACCCAUUUUUUUAUUGCGAUUUGGAGAUAACAGUGUUUAUAAUUUCUUAUGGACUUUUUGAGAAAAAUAAGCUAGCGUUUGUUUAGAUUAUGAAGCAUCAAAUUUCUCCAAAUGUUCAUAUUCUCAAGAAGAAAUUUCUGUUUGAUAAUGAAAUGCUUUUUGCUUAGAAAUACAAUGAGGUUUUGAAUGCUUCUGAGAAGAUGAGCAUUUAGAUAUCGUGGCAAUUUUAUUACUCAAAUUGUGAUGUAAUGAAACUUCAUAAUAUGCCCAUAUUUUUUUUGGUAAUUUUCAUUUGUACAAUCAUUUUAUAUCGAUAUACAUAUAUAUUGUUUGUCAUGGAAAAUAAAAUACUGAUGAAAAUGAA